UAACUGAAAGCGAUUACCAAAACGGUUCCAAACAAAAAACCAAAAAUUAAUUACUGCUAGAAUUAAUCCAACUCCGAUUCCACUACCACCACCAACACCAAAUCUAUCUCAUUAACACCUUGAUUUCCUCUCAUUCCAUUCCAAUUCCAAUUCCAAUUCCACUCCAUUAUUAAUCACAACUCAAAUCUCCUCUAAUUCGCUGUAUGUAUAGUUUUCCACACACACAUACACAUACACAUACACAUACAUACAUAAGCUCACGGAUUUCUUCAAUCUAUCGAUCUAUCGUUUAAUCUUAAUAUAAAACCCUAGAUUUCUUACUUGCAGUUUUUUACAUUUGAUUUUUCUACUGCUGCCGAUUUUAUCAUUACGGAACAGUUAGAGAGAAAUUGUGGAAUUUUUUUUGAGUAUUCAGUUAUUGUGGAUGAGGGGGAGAUGAAGAGCGAAACGUUGAGGAGAUUAGAAGUACAAUGACAACUAGUAUUAAUAGUAAUACGAAUGGAGUAUCGUUGGAUUUAAGAAGUAUACAGAGUUAUUAUGGAUCACCUGCGGCUCAACAGCAGCAGGUGGUACAACAGAAUGGUUCUUUGCAGACUCAAAAUGGAUUCAUCGUGCGUAAAGCUUCGAGGAUGUCGUUGGCUGGAUCGAGGGAGAAGGAUAAGCUUCUUCCGUUUUUGUGUAGAUAUUUAAGUAGGAAGAAGGUUGUGAUGAUGGUUUUGGUUUUGUUUGCCUUGUUGGCUUUCUUGUCUGGGUUCUUUAACGCAACCAGAGAAGAUGCAUCAGAGAGAACGAUCUUCAAUCCCUUUAAUGAGGCUUAUAAUAAUACCUCUUUACAGUUCUCCAGAAGGUUUGGUGAUGAGAAAGACAAUCGUUCUUCCUUGCAGUCAACUCUGUCAGUAUGUGAAGAAAACCCUCCUAUUCGCUAUUCUUCCGAUGCAUCACUUUAUACAGGAUCCCUCCCUUCUCGUAGCAAUUUUUGUCAGAAUUUUGCAUUUCCUCCUCCUCCUCCAGGUGACAGGAGACGGCCUGGACCUCGACCUUGUCCUGUAUGUUACCUUCCAGUGGAGGAGGCUAUGGCUAGCAUGCCAAGCUCCCCUUCAAUAUCACCAGUGCUUAAUCACUUGACUUAUUUUCAUGAGGAGAGUUCUACUAAGACUGAACGACACGAAGGCUCUGAUUUUGGUGGGUAUCCAUCUAUAAAGCAAAGGAAUGAAUCUUUUAAUAUUAAAGAAUCAAUGACUGUGCAUUGUGGAUUUGUAAAAGGAUGCAGACCUGGUUACCAAACUGGAUUUGAUAUCGAUGUAUCUGAUCUUGUGGAGUUGGAGCAGUAUCAUGACAUCAUUGUUGCAUCAGCCAUAUUUGGGAACUAUGAUGUAAUCCAACAACCAACUAAGAUUAGUGAAGCUGCAAGUAGAAACAUCCCAUUUUAUAUGUUUAUUGAUGAAGAAACUGAAGCGUAUAUGAGAAACUCUAGUGCUUUAGACUACAGAAUGAAAGUGGGAUUGUGGAGAAUUAUCGUUGUGCAUAACAUUCCUUACACUGAUUCCAGACGCAAUGGAAAGGUCCCGAAGCUUCUGCUACACAGGCUCUUUCCAAAUGUUCGGUACUCUGUAUGGAUCGAUGGGAAGCUGCAACUCGUUGUGGACCCAUAUCAACUUCUGGAGAGGUUCUUGUGGCGCCACAAUGCUACUUUUGCUAUUUCAAAACAUUAUAGGCGGUUUGAUGUAUUUGAAGAAGCUGAAGCUAAUAAGGCUGCAGGAAAAUACGACAAUGCGUCCAUUGAUUACCAGAUUGAUUUUUACAGAAACGAGGGUCUAACACCUUAUUCUGAGGCUAAGCUUCCUAUAAUUAGUGAUGUCCCUGAAGGGUGUGUCAUCAUAAGGGAACACACUCCAAUAACAAAUCUCUUCACCUGUUUGUGGUUCAAUGAAGUUGACCGGUUUACUUCAAGAGAUCAGUUGAGCUUUGGUAUUGUAAGGGACAAAAUUAUGGCUCAAGUCAACUGGAGUAUCAAUAUGUUUAUGGACUGUGAGAGACGGAACUUUGUGAUACAGACGUACCACCGAGAUCUACUAGAGCACAUGCCACCUCCGGCACCUAGAGUGAGUAAUUUAAGGCGUACACGGGCUCCUAUUUUUGUUCCAGUUCCUGUAUCUGUGCGAAGUAAUCCAUCUACCAAGAAUUUAACAAAGAAACCUCCUGUUCGACGGAAAGGAGAGAGGAAGCCUCGUGUAAGGAGACAUCCAAAAAAUCCCACUAAUAGGGACAACCUGCUCUUUUGACACUGCUUUUUCUUACUUCACUCUUUUUAUUUUCUUUAUAUAACAAAAGAUAUAGAAUUUUACUUCUCUUGAUUAGUCAACAUGAUUUUGGAUGUGUGUAGCAUAUGAUGGAUAGUCUUCUCAAUUUUGGUUGAAUCCGUCAUUUUUUGUUGUAAAUACCCCGAUACAAAUAUUUUUUGAGACUUGUUUUCAUUAUUGUUAAA